AUGUCAAACGCACAAAAAAAACAAUAUUUUGCACAACAUAAAACAUUGUCACUUAGCGCACCAGUUCGAAGGAAAUGGUACAAAAAAGUACUACCAAUGGAUUUUCAAGGUAGCACCGCUGAAGAUUUGGAUUUAAGUAUGAGUACAACUUCAAAUCAAUUAAUUGGUGCAUUAGCAACUUGGCAUAAUAUUCAUGCAAGCCUGAUGAAAUUUGACCUUUCAAGUAGCGAUGUAUCAUCGGAUAAAGUGAUGAAAGCGCCACUCAAUUCAUCCAGUUCAACAAGUAGCAGCUAUUCCACCGAUUCAUUCAUCAGUUACGGUGAUUCAUUGAGUGGAGAUCAGACUAGCAAUGGAAGUUCGGAUGAUGAAAAAUUAUUCAAUUACCAAUCACGAUUAUCCAUUUCAAAUCUGGAACUUCAAAGUUCACAACUGAAAGAAAUGUUUCCCAUGGCAUCGGAACAUUGGAGGUAUUUUUAA